AUGCCGGCGACGCCGACCAUCAUCGGUGCCCUGCUGGGGCUGGGCACCCAGAUGUACUCCAACGCCCUCCGGAAGCUCCCCUACAUGCGCCAUCCCUGGGAGCAUGUGCUGGGAAUGGGUCUGGGUGUUGUGUUUGUAAACCAACUGGUGAAGUUUGAUGAGAAGGUAAAGGUGGACCUUGACAAGAUGCUUGAGCGUGCGAAACACGCCAAUGAGCAGCGCUACUUUGAGGAUGAUGAUUAG